UUGGAUUAACCUUCUUGAACGUCUUCGGUGCAGCGAAGAAACUUUAACAACGGGAGAAACUAAUAUUUAUUGGAAGUUGGAUAUGCACGAGGACCGUUACAAAAAACGAACUCGGAUAGUUCGAAACUUUCAGGGGACUUCUCAUGAUGAAGCUGUACUAGAAAAGUUUAGAAGUUUGGCAAAUUUUACUGGGCGAAACGAGUGUCACGGGGAGGAGUCGAGUGUUUCUCAUAAUAAUGCUUCCACGUGCUUUUCUAAAAUCUAUCGGCUUUACAAGGACAAAGAAUUCUAUUAUAUUCGUAAAAGGACGUCUUUCACUGGAGAUUUAGAUCGAUUUGCAAAACAAAGCGAAUCUUUGCUUGAGAGCACCAACAACAAAGUCAAUUUUCCUUCAAAUCCCAAAAAACUUGUAGUGGAAUGUAAUAUUAUUUUUCCAGGGUGCUCUGCUAAAGGGCGCCUUAUGAUCGACUCCAUGUAUUUUACUUUUUCACUUCACGAGACUGAGGUACAGCGGAACAGCGAGUUUAAAGCCCAUCUUGCUAAUGUUGAGGGCACAUGGAACCAAUCAGACAUACUCUCCGUGGCUGCUCGGCGAUAUAUGCUUCGGCCAACCGCCGUUGAGCUGCUGCUCCGGAAUAAAACACGAAUGCUUUUAAAUUUUGAAAGGGAAGACGACUUGAUUCAAGUACUGCUUUUACUGCCGACUGGAAAUGAUGUCCUUUUAGGGAGGGGAAGCUUAAAAAACUUUAUAAAACCUAAUUUAAGAACUCCUUCAGAACUUUUUCAAAAAUCGACUUUUACUGAAAAAUGGCAAAGCCAUCAGCUAUCAAACUUUGAGUAUCUCAUGGAAAUCAACGCAUUUGCUGGACGCAGUUAUAAUGAUCUUAACCAAUAUCCUGUUUUUCCUUGGAUUUUAUCCGAUUAUUCCAGUGAAACUAUUAACCUUCUCGACCCAAGGGUCUACAGAGAUUUGAGCCGGCCUGUAGGAGCCCUAAAUAAAGAACGCUUAGCAAUUUUCAAAGAACGCUUUGAAACUUGGAGUGAUCCGGAAGUCCCAUCAUUUCACUACGGUUCUCACUAUUCCACCGCCAGCUACGUUCUCUAUUGGCUCAUUAGGCUUGAGCCUUUUACUACUCUUUUUCUGAAUUUUCAAGGUGGAAAGUUUGACCAGCCCUCUCGAAUAUUCUCUUCUAUAAAAAAAACAUGGCAAAACUGCAAUCAGUCUACUUCUGAUGUUAAAGAACUUAUUCCGGAACUUUUUUAUUUACCGGAAAUGUUUAUUAAUAUUAAUCACUACAAUUUUGGAAAGCUCGAUAAGGACGAUCCGAUUGGAGACGUGGUUUUGCCCAAUUGGUGCAACAAUGAUCCUUAUGUUUUCGUUCAAAUUCAUAAAGCUGCCCUGGAAUCCGAUUAUGUUUCUGCUCAUCUUCAUUAUUGGCUCGACCUUAUUUUCGGCUACAAACAACAGGGAGAAGCUGCAGUUGAGGCCAAUAACAUUUUUUAUUACUUAACUUAUGAAAACGCCUCCAAUCUUGAAACUGUUAUUGAUCCUGUCUUAAAAGAUGCACUUAAGCAGCAGAUUACUAGUUUUGGCCAAACUCCCAGUCAGCUUCUUUAUAAACCUCAUCCCCCUCGUCUCGGCGUUGCAAGUGUUACAAGAUUUUACAGCCAAUCAGAGAAAGGGACGCCUUUAAUGAACUUCCAGGUUUCCAAUUCGUCAUUAAUAUUGUCCUUUUUUGAUGAAAAUAGUCAAUCACUACUCGAUAAAUUCGCAGUUCUUUACUCUACAGUUCCUUAUAAAAAAAGCUCCUCCCGUGCAAGCUUAUAUAUAUAUACUCUAACAGAUUCUCUUUUAUUAUCUUUUUAUAAAAUAACGUUACCUGAAAGUAAAGAAGAAACCUUCCCUUCACUUUUAUUCCAAAAGCAUAUUCAGUCCUACUAUAGUACUUCCGACGUUCCAUACAGUGAAAAUACCAAUCAUUUUGUUAUAUCCAAAAGUUACAAGCUUUUUUGGAAGUGCUCUUAUCCGGACAACAGUUUUAAAGCCUUCUCUCUUAUGGGCUCUUCCAGCUUUCCUUCUCAGUCUAUUUAUUACCACUGCGCACGUGUUGACUGUAUAGCAAUGAGUCCGGAUGAGAUUUUAUUGGCUACCGCUUCUUCCGAUACGACUGUGAUGGUUUGGUGCGCGAGCCAGAAUAUUCUAAAUAACGGACUGGUGGAUUUUUAUCCAAUCACUGUACUUUAUUACCAUAGAACACACAUUACUGCGCUUUCCAUCUGCGCCGAUUUAGAUAUUGUGUUUUCCGCAGGGGAGGAAUUUGGAUUGGUUCAUUCUGCUUACAAAGGCAUUCUGUUAAGAAAAAUCCCGAAUCCUGCUGAUAUGCAUGCUAGGUUUUCUAUGUUGACCAGCAACAGUCUCCUCAUUGUCUAUUACGAGGGCUUGACUUUGACCGGCGUGUUGGCCGUUUACACAAUUAACGGCCACCAGCUCGUCCAAUUAAAAUUUGAAGAGCAAAUCACUACUAUAACAGCCACUAAAGACGGUGAAUCGUUGCUAGUAGCCACCAUAAACGGCACUGUAAAGAUAUUCGUCACGUACAAUCUAACGGAACUGCACAUGUUCCAGACAACUGCGCCAAUUUGCUCGCUUGUCCUUUCGGAAUCCGAAGAUUUAAUCUUAGUUGGGCUUGCCAACGGCUCCUUAUUACUCUACUGCGCUUACAUUAUUGACUGGAAUCAAGGCAAGUCUCAUACUGAGAUCUCUCAUGGAUGUGGUGUCAGCAAGGCUACAAAUAUCCCGAAUCACAAGGCUCAAUAUGAUCCAAAUCUUCUUUAUAAUGACCCCGGGCGUCCAUAG